AUGAAUUCCGGUUCUGAAAAUUUGGGGACCGGAAUAUCACCUCAUUUGUCUUCGAUAGUAUACCAAGAUACGUCACAGAAUCUAUUUAUAAUAGAUAUACCGGCAUCAAUCAGCUUGACCCAGCAAUUACCAGGCAAUAUCAAAAGUGAUCCUUGGUCCAGGAUACCACUGAUAUACUCCUCAGAGGCCAUUAGUAGCCCGUACAGUGGACCGUCCCCUGAACCAAAGACAGCUUCGCGGAAGGAGAAGGUCCUUAAAUUUGUCUCGCCCGAAGAACGUGAAUAUCAUGCCUUGAUAUGUGCAUUUGCUAAAGAUGAGAUAAGGAAGCUCCGGGAGAAUUUCCAGGGUCAAUGGUGUUAUACCAGGCGCAUAUUGCCGCCUGAUAAAGAAGCAGGCUUCCCAUUACUUUCAAAGAUAUACCUAGGCUCCGGUGGUGCGGAGUUGGAGAUUAAUGAAGGGCAAAAGCACCAGGAUCUUACCUCAAAUUCUCCACCUGUUAUUCUUUCAUCAGAAUUAAACAUAUUCUCAUCUGGUAGAGACAUUUACAAUGCACUCGUAAAGAACCCUGGCUCUUAUCAAACCGCAAUAAAGCUUUCUCGGGUUCUCGACUCAAUCAGAGCUGACGGAGACUCUGAUUCGGGGAACUCAAUUCUUUUUCGAAUCCCGCCCAAAUCGACUUUUAUACUGACGCAUAUUCAAUCAAGCCUACCAUGUUUAACCAACCCGCUUUCUAUGAUUCCGCCUACUCAAAAGUUUGACUUCAUCCUUGCAGAUCCACCAUGGCCCAAUCGGUCAGCUAAACGCUCAAAACAGUACACCACUUCAACUUUGUCGUUUGAUGAUCUAGAGCUUCUGAUUGAAAAUAUUAAACGGAAGUUUCUUACAUCUUCUGGUAUAAUAGCCAUUUGGGUUACAAAUUCCGGAAAGGCGCGGCGAGCAGUCGAAAGUGCUUUUGAGGCAGCUGGCGUUAAUAAAAUCGAGGAAUGGAUAUGGGUUAAAACGACAGUUACUGGAGAGAUGGGAGAGCAAGCCGGCAAGAGCAUAGUAUCAGGAGGAGGAUUAUCGCAGGGGUACCGGAUAUACAUUCCCGGAAGCCAGUGA